UCACCCUGCUACCCAGAGGGCCACUUCCGAGGGCAGUCACGCUGGAGCGAGGGAGAGCCUCGACACACGCCCUUUCAUCUCUUCUGUUCCACUGGACCGCAUGAGGGAGAACAGGACCAUGGCCGAGUGGUGGUAUUUGUGUGUGUGGACUGAACCAAGAACUCCAAAGUUAUGUCCGCUAAUAUCUACCCUGAAUUGUGUGGCUUAAAGGAUUUGAAGGGGGGGAGACAGCUGGCUUUCCUCAUCACUGCUCUCCGACUUGGGUCAGUCAGCCUCAAGCCAGCGCUGAUUCAUUCAUUCGUUCAAAACAAAAAAAAAAGUUUGUUCAUCCGGAGUUGUGUGCGCUGAAUGCCGUCAGCUGCACAGCUGUCCAGGCUCUGCUGCACCGGAUUUUUCACCUUUCCGUGGAGGAGCGCUCCCAGCAUGAACCAGACGCCCAACAUCAGCGCCGUCGCGGGUGGUAGCGGCGGUGGCAGUGGUGGUGGUGGUGCCAGCGGCAGUGGCGCGUGGGUGACCUCUCUCCUGGGCGCCACGCUGCUGAGCAUGUGCGUGCUGGGCAUGGCGGGCAACAUCUACACGCUCCUGGUGAUGCGCUCGGCGGCGCUGCGGCGCGCCGGCUCCAUGUACGUGUUCAUCCUGAACCUGGCGCUGGCCGACCUGCUCUACCUGGGCACCAUCCCCUUCGUGGUGUGCACCUACUUCGCCCACAACUGGUUCUUCGGCGAGACGGGCUGCCGCGUGCUCCUCAGCCUGGACCUGCUGACCAUGCACGCCAGCGUCUUCGUCCUGGUGGCCAUGAGCCUGGAGCGCUAUCGGGCGGUGGCGGCGCCCUUCCGAGCCCGGCGCGCCGCCGCCGCCCCGCGCGCCCACUGGUUGGCGUCGCUGGGCAUCUGGCUGCUGGCCUUCGCGCUCACGCUGCCCAUGAUGGUGAUGAUCCGGCUGCGCGAGGGCCGCCCGAGCUCCGCCGGCCUGGUCAAGCGCAUCUGCUUCCCGACGUGGACGCCCGAGGCCUUCCGCGCCUACCUCACCGUGCUCUUCUUCACCAGCAUGCUGGUGCCCGGCCUGGUCAUGGUGGGGCUGUACGCCGGCCUCGCCAAGCGCUACUGGGCGGCGCAGGCCAACCUGGCCAAGCGCAGCGGUGGCGGCGGCGGCGGCCGAGAGCGCUCCGUGGCGUCGUCCUCCUCCCGGAGGCACCGGCGCAGCCUCAAGCACAAGGUGGUGGCCAUGAUCUUCAGCAUCGUGGUGGCCUACUGGGCCUGCUUCCUGCCCUUCUGGGGCUGGCAGCUGGCCAAGCUCUUCUCGCCCGAGUCGCUGCGCGUGCUCUCGCCCGCCGCCCACACCUACGUCAACUUCUUCGUCACGUGCCUCACGUACGGCAACAGCUGCGUCAACCCACUGCUCUACACGCUACUCACCCGCAACUACAAAGACUACCUGGCCCAGCGCAGCCAGGCCACCGUGUCCAGUCGGACAGAGCCGGCCUCGGCCACCGCCGUCGGGCCCCCGGUGGACACUCAGGAUUUGUAAACGCCAAUCGCGUCGUGGUUCUCGUCGCGGGAUGAGAGUAACAGGACUUUGACCACCUCGGUUUUCUGCUGAGAACCUCAAAGCAUGUGCUCUGAUGGG